UCGAACCAGGGGCCGGGAGCGUGUCCCCCCUUCCAUGGCAUCCUCCUAGGGGCCCCAUCCGCCGUCCUGACUCCAGCCCGGGAGCCCCAGAUCUUCUGCAGAAAGUUGGCUCCCUCCCCAGUAGCCGCCUUGGAUCUGUCGGCUUACUGCGAGACUCCGGUGUACAACCCGGAUCUCUGCCCCAACACAAACGCCGCCCAGGCCAAGCUGGUCUACCACCUGAACAAGUACUACAACGAGAAGUGCCAGGCCAGGAAGGUGACCAUCGCCAAGACCACCCGGGAGGUGUGCAAGGUGGUGUCGGACGUGCUGAAGGAGGUGGAGGUGCAGAAGCCCCGCUUCAUCAGCUCCCUCAACGAGGAAGACAAUCGCUACGAGGGCCUGGAGGUCAUCUCCCCGAUGGAGUUUGAGGUGGUCCUCUACCUCAACCAGAUGGGGGUCUUCAACUUUGUGGAUGACGGCUCCCUGCCGGGCUGUGCGGUGCUGAAGCUGAGCGAUGGUUGGAAGAGGAGCAUGUCCCUGUGGGUGGAGUUAAUCACCGCCUCCGGCUACCUGUCUGCCAGGAAAAUCCGCUCCCAGACCCUGGUGGCCCAGGCUGUGGACAAGUGCAGCUACCGGGAUGUGGUCAAGAUGGUGGCCGACACCAAGGAGGUCAAGCUGAGGAUCCGGGACCGCUACGUGGUGAAGAUCACCCCGCCUUCAAGUGUACCAGCAUCUGGCCCCACAGUGCUGUCCACUAGCCCUUACCCCACAUCCCCUGGCCGGGCCCCAACCGGGUGGCCGAGGUCAAGGCAGAGGGCUUCAACCUGCUGUCCAAGGAGUGCCAUACCCUGGCCGGCAAGCAGAGCUUGGCAGAGAGUGACGCCUGGGUGCUGCAGUUCGCCGAGUCCGAGAACCGGCUGCAGCUGGGCGGCUGUAGGAAGAAAUGCCUGUCCUUGCUGA